CCGUGAAUUAAAAAAAGAAAGUUCUCCAAUUUUCAUCUUAAGUUUACGGCGUAAGAAAAGGAAAAGGGGAAGGUAACUACCGAAAAUCGGAAGUGAUCGUGCCGCGCGUUAGAAGUGAUAUUCUAUGCGACAAGAUGAUGGACACACAGAAUUUUUGGGAAGACAACUCUGCACAUUCUAUGCAAGUAAAAUACGAGAGCUUGGAUGGUAGAUCCUGCAAGGACGAGAUGUGCAGGAUGGGAAUAGGCACCGGAUACUGCGAAGGAAAUCUAAACUUUGCCACGGUCUCGGAAGAUGACGAAGUUUAUACCAAGAAGAAGGUUUCUAGGCAAGAUCCAAUGUCCCACAGAAUCAUCGAAAAACGGAGAAGAGAUCGUAUGAACAAUUGCUUGGCCGAUCUGAGCAGACUCAUACCGGCCGAAUACCUCAAAAAGGGCCGAGGACGUGUAGAGAAGACGGAGAUCAUUGAAAUGGCAAUUCGUCACAUGAAGCAUCUGCAAGGUCUUCGACAAGAAACGAAGCAUUCUGCUGUAACGUCGGCGCACACACAUCCCGAGGAUAGUGUCGACAGCGUCUCUCAUUCUACUGUAACGUCCACGGCAGCGGAACACUAUAGGCUAGGUUUCCAAGAGUGUCUCAGCGAAACCAUGCACUUCCUCGUGGAGGUCGAAGGUUUCUUCGCUAGGGACUCUCUCUGUGUACAGUUAAUCAACCAUCUGCAGCAACAUUGCGAGAGGAUCUUGGCUACCAGUGACAGGCUGGGUUUUCCUCACCCCGAGGUGCCAACCUCAAACGGCACCAUAAACGAUGGCUACGCUCACACCAGCAUUCCCACGAUAUGUCAACCAAAUGGCCACUCAGACCACGGGUCCAGUUCUGGUGUGAGUUCUUUCGGUGAUCCAGAACGUCCUCUGCAUUCCACGAUCAUACCACCACCAGUUAUCGUGAGCGAUGAUAGCAAUCACAGCACCCAUUCGCACAGCACACCUCCGACCAACAACUGCAAGCCUUCCAAUUACAAGUUUAAGAGCUCCAUCAAGCAGAGGUUCUCCGCGGAGAGGAUAAAAUCCAGCCCACCGCCGGCGACCACUCCGGAGAAGCCAUGUUCGUCCCACGGUGUACCAAUAUUUGCUCUUCACGAUGGCGGCGCUUUUUACGUCCCGUUCACCGUCGAGGCGUCGCUGUUGAGGCCUCAUCUGAAUUUUAUCCCGGAUACCGGCCCAGACACAGUCCUCCAUCCUGUGACGAUCUCGGUGAACUUCAAUCAGUCGAGUCCACCGGCAUGGUCGAAUCAUCAUAGCCCCAUGCAUCAACAGACAUAAACGAACGAGGUGUUUCUCGAAAU